CCAGACACCGGUGGCGUGGGUUUCUCUUGUCAUUAGAGUUUUAUAUUAUUUCCUCUCUUUAAGCUACAGAAAAGCACGUGGUUGUGAAAUUGUUACAGAAUGGCGGAACGAAAGGGAACAGCCAAGUUGGACUACUUGAGAAAGAUUGAAUUGGAAAUCCAGGAGAAAUGGGAGAAGGAGGGAGCGUUUGAGAAUGACGCACCGUCAACUGUGGGAGAAACUUCAAACAAAAACAAGUACUUUGUCACCUUUCCUUAUCCGUAUAUGAAUGGUCGAUUGCAUCUUGGCCAUACUUUCAGCUUGUCAAAGUGUGAGUUUGCUGUUGGCUUCCAGUCUCUGAAGGGGAAGAAAUGCCUCUUCCCAUUUGGUCUGCACUGCACAGGAAUGCCAAUCAAGGCCUGUGCAGACAAGCUGAAGAGAGAGAUGGAGCUGUACGGAAAUCCUCCCCUGUUUCCAGUCGAGGAUGAAGAGGAAAAGGAGAAACCCAGAGCUGCUGAUGAAAUCAUCAUCAAGGACAAAGCAAAGGGCAAGAAGAGUAAAGCGGUGGCCAAAUCUGGAUCUUUCACAUAUCAGUGGGACAUCAUGAGAUCUUUAGGUCUGAAUGACGAUGAAAUUGCCAAGUUUGCUCAUGCAGAACAUUGGCUGGAGUACUUCCCUCCUUUGGCAAUCAAAGACCUCAAACAAAUGGGAGUUAAGGUGGAUUGGAGGCGGUCUUUCAUCACUACUGAUGUGAACCCCUUCUACGACUCUUUCAUCAGGUGGCAUUUUCUCACCCUGAAAGACAGGAAGAAGAUCAAGUUUGGCAAAAGGUACACCAUCUACUCUCCCAAGGACGGACAGCCAUGCAUGGAUCAUGACAGGCAAACUGGGGAGGGUGUGGGACCUCAGGAAUACACACUCAUCAAGAUGAAGGUGGUUGAACCUUACACUGCAAAAUUUAAAUCCAAAGUGUUUUAUAGCAGUGGUAUGAAAGGCAAAAACAUCUUCCUGGUUGCUGCCACUCUGAGACCAGAAACCAUGUUCGGUCAGACCAACUGCUGGAUAAGACCCGACAUGACGUAUGUCGCCUUUGAAACGGCCAACGGAGACGUCUUCAUCUCCACCAGGAGGUCUGCCAGAAACAUGUCCUUCCAGGGCUUCACCAAGGAGAAUGGAGUGGUGCCAGUGAUCAUGGAAAUACUUGGGCAGGACAUCCUUGGCUGUGCCCUAAGUGCUCCUCUGACCUCCUAUAAGAUCAUCUAUGCUUUGCCAAUGCUCACCAUUAAGGAGGACAAAGGUACUGGGGUUGUUACCAGCGUGCCGUCUGAUGCUCCUGAUGACAUUGCUGCUCUCAGGGACAUCAAAAAGAAGCAGGCUCUGAGGGAAAAAUAUGGAAUUGAGGAUAAGAUGGUGUUGCCUUUUGAGCCGGUCCCCAUCAUUGAAAUCCCAGGCUUUGGAAACCUUUCAGCCCCUCUCGUCUGUGAUGAGCUGAAGAUCCAGAGCCAAAAUGACAAAGACAAACUGGCUGAAGCCAAAGAAAAGGUUUACCUGAAGGGAUUUUAUGAAGGGAUCAUGCUAGUUGAGGGAUACAAGGGGCAGAAGGUUCAAGAUGUGAAGAAGCCGAUCCAGAGGAUGAUGGUUGAGAAGGGUGAGGCCUUGAUUUACAUGGAGCCUGAGAAACAGGUCAUGUCACGUUCAGCUGAUGAGUGUGUGGUGGCACUUUGUGACCAGUGGUAUUUGGACUACGGGGAUGCUGAGUGGAAGCAGCAGGCCAGUGCAGCCCUCAAGUCUCUGGAAACAUUUUGUGAGGAGACAAGAAGAAACUUUGAGGCUACUUUAGCCUGGCUACAGGAACAUGCUUGCUCUCGCACCUAUGGACUUGGAACACGGCUGCCUUGGGACGAGCAGUGGCUGAUCGAGUCUUUAUCAGACUCCACAAUCUAUAUGGCUUACUACACUGUCGCCCACCUCCUCCAGGGAGGUGUGCUGAAUGGACAAGGGGACUCUCCACUGGGCAUCAAGCCAGAGCAGAUGACUAGAGAGGUGUGGGACUUUAUCUUCUUUAAGUCGUCUCCUUUUCCCAAGACCGACAUCCCUAAGGAGCAUCUACAGAGGCUGCGGAGGGAGUUUGAGUACUGGUACCCUGUGGAUGUCCGUGUGUCUGGAAAGGAUCUUGUGCCCAACCACCUCUCCUAUUAUCUGUAUAACCAUGUAGCCAUGUGGCCCAAAGACAGUGGAAAGUGGCCUCAAGCAGUUCGAGCAAACGGACACCUGCUCCUUAACUCGGAAAAGAUGUCCAAAUCAACAGGAAACUUUCUCACUCUCAGCCAAGCCAUCAGCAAGUUUUCAGCUGACGGUAUGCGUCUGGCUCUAGCUGAUGCUGGGGACACGAUAGAAGACGCUAACUUUGUGGAGACCAUGGCUGACGCUGGCAUUCUUCGUCUCUACACUUGGGUGGAGUGGGUGAAGGAGAUGAUUGCCAACCAGAACAACCUGAGGACGGGGCCUGCGGACACGUUCAACGAUCGUGUGUUUGCAAGUGAAAUGAAUGCAGGCAUCUUGAAGACAGAGCAGCAUUAUGAGAGGAUGAUGUACAAGGAGGCUUUGAAGAGCGGCUUUUUUGAGUUCCAGGCGGCUAAAGAUAAGUACCGUGAGCUGGCUAUUGAAGGCAUGCACAGAGAUCUUGUCUUCCAGUUCAUAGAGAGACAAACACUGCUGCUGGCCCCCAUCUGUCCACACCUCUGUGAAUACACAUGGAGUCUACUGGGCAAGACCGGUUCUUUAAUGAAGGCAUCGUGGCCCGUGGCCGGCCCUGUCGAUGAGGUUCUGAUUCGUUCUUCUCAGUACCUGAUGGAGACGGCACACGACCUCCGUUUGAGACUCAAAGCAUACAUGCUUCCUCCCAAAAACAAGAAAGGUGACUCUAAGCCCCCUGCUAAGCCGUCCCACUGCACUAUUUAUGUGGCUAAGAGCUACCCUCCAUGGCAACACAGCGCCUUAUCUCUGCUCGGCAAGCACUACAAGAGCAACAACGGGAUCCUGCCAGACAACAAAGUCAUAGCCAGCGAGUUGGGAGGCCUCCCAGAGCUGAAGAAGUACAUGAAGAGAGUCAUGCCAUUUGUUGCCAUGAUCAAGGAGAACCUGGAGAAAAACGGACCCAGGGUUUUGGAUCUAGAGCUGGAGUUUGAUGAGCGAACGGUUCUCACGGAGAACCUGGUGUACUUAACAAAUUCUCUGGAGUUGGAGCAGAUUGAUGUCUUAUUUGCAUCAGAGGCUGAUGACAAAGUGAAGGAGGAUUGUUGCCCUGGGAAACCGUUCUGUGUGUUUAGAUCAGAGCCUGGAGUAGCCGUGUCCCUGGUCAACCCUCAACCAUUCACCGGCCUGUUUUCCACAAAGCUCGACAUCCGGCAGGGAGACAGCAAAGACGCCAUUGUCCGUCGACUAGCCAAAGUCAACAGACUCAUAAAAGAUCUGUCCAGAGUGAAGCUGAUGAGGUAUGAGGAUCCUGUACUGGGCUCACGGCGUGUCCCCAUAUUGGGACAGGAGGAGCAAGGCAAGCUGCCCAUCUCCAGCAAAUCUGUGUUCAAUAUAAAUCUGGAUGAGAAGAAGGUCACUCUGGCUGACAACGGCCUCACUGUAGACAUUGGAGAUACUUUGGUUUAUCUUAUCCAAUAACGUACAAAAGGCUGUCUCACAGGCACAAAGGAGCAGGUUCAGCAGUUUGUUUGUAAAAUUUCAAAAGCUAUUGCAGUUAGAACAAAAGCCUUUUCAGUUUAAAGGAUCACUUUUCCUUUUAAUUUGUUACAGUUAAUUAGAAUUGACAGCUAAAUAACACAAGAAUCUAGCAUUUGUUUCACAGUACUAGUACAUCAGCCUACUGUGUCAAAUAGUCUUUUUUAGAGGGUUCAGGUUUGGCAGUUUUGUAAAUGGUCAGUCUUUUCCUGUCUGGUAUUUUGAAAUUUUAAGCUUUUAAACAGAUCUAUACUGAACAAACCAUCCACCACCACCUCCUCCUCACAGGGUGAGCACUUGUGUUCAUUGUCAGGCAGCUCCUGCUGUGCUCUGACUGCCUGAUGUUGUCAUAUAAAUGGAAAUGUGUCUGGUGUUAUUUUAUACAUCAAAUGUGAGGGAUAUUAUGUCUCUUCAGCUUGUUGGGCAGCUUUUAUAUUUUCUAGCUGUCAGUUGUGCUUGUCUGGAUUUUCCACAAAAAUAAAACAUUUGAAUGUUU